UUUUUCUCACGCGACACAUUCAAGUCAAGGUUGGUUCACUCUAACUUUCGUAUUUUCUGUGGAGAAGAACUCUUAUGCACGAAAACAGGGAAACUCAGCAAACACCCAACUUGGGACCGAGAAACCUUCUAAUCACAAAUGUCCGCAUUGCAGCCUCCGAAAAUCAAGUUGACGUUGAGUGCCGGGAGGGAAAGGUAGUCAACUUAUGGCCAGCAUCCUCCCAAAGCACCGUUCCCUCUCAGAAGAAUAUGGAUCCAACAUCUACCGAGACGUUGGACGGCCUUGGGGGUAUGAUGAUUCCGUCCCUCUGUCACUCACACAUUCAUCUCGACAAGUGCUUCAUUCUACGGAGAGGAGGUGAUAUUGUAAGAGGUGAUUUCCUUGAAGCAAUGGCCGUGACCGCCAACGCGAAGGCAGAGUUCUCAUCGGACACAGAGGACCUACUACAACGCGGGAGGAAGUUAAUUUAUGACAGUGUUGAAUGUGGGGUGACUUCGAUUCGCGCCCAUGUUGAAGUAGACACAGUGAUGGGCCUGAACGGAAUAGAUGCAGCUUUGAAACUCAAGGAGGAGUUUAAACCUGUAUGCGAUAUACAAAUUGCCGCUUUCGCACAGGAAAGGCUUUUUGACGCGGUACACGAUACGGAACCAGGUUCAAAUUAUCGUCUACUACUCGAGGCGAUCGAUCGAGAAGGAGUAGACGUUAUUGGUUCAGCACCUUACGUAGAACCUUCCACCGAGCAAGCAAAGAAGAAUAUUGGCCUUAUUCUGGAAGCUGCUAGCACCCGGGCUCUGCACGUUGACUUCCACUUGGACUUCAGUUUAGACCCUGCCAUUGAGCCAUUGAUCUACGAGGUGAUCGCCCAAGUUAAGAAACUUGGUCCCCAUUUCAAACCCCGCAUUACGAUCGGGCACGCAACUCGACUGCAACUUUUGACACCUGAACAGUGGCGGGACCUAAUACACGAGAUUGGCGACCUCCCAUUAACCUUCGUCGCCCUCCCCAACACAGAUACGUACAUGCAGGGAAGGGGAGCCGUUGACACGCCGCUAGGGGCUCCCAGGAGUACCCUUCGCGUACCGUAUCUGAAGAAGCAGCAUGGUUUGGAAGUCGCGAUGAGCGUAAAUAACAUUGAGAAUGCGUUCACUCCGCAGGGACCGCUAGACCCACUUGCCCUUUGUACCUUUGGUGUGGCCAUCUUCCAAGCUGCAACCACAGAGGACCUCGAAAAUCUGUUGCGCUCCGUCACGAUAACGUCGAAACUCGCGAUAGGGCAGAAAGAUAAUCACCAUGAUCUCGCGCCGAAUGUUGGAGAUCCGGCUGAUUUUGUCAUCCUUCAUGGGACUAGAACCCUUGCACAAGCCGUCCUCAACCCCAGUUACGAUCGUACAACAAUCAAGGCGGGUGUAGUCGUAGCACGAAGACAGUCGAAGAGGUCUUUCUUUCCGUUUACGGAGGGUUAGAUCUCUGUUCCAAAGGAAUAUGAAAGCAAGUCGAGGGUAUUUAAGUACAACAUUGAAAGUGUCAAGAAAUUUACGAAGUAAAGAGCGUCUGUAAGGAAGGUAAUACAAAUGAUACAAUCCACUGCAAGCGUUCGACAUGCACCUAAUUUUGGCCAUCGGGUAAAGUACGAAGGUCCGUCAGGAUAUGUGACGAACAACAAGCAACAGAACAAAGAAAAAGAACGAACGUGAGUGGAUAUCGAUGAUCAAUGGGAUGAAAAGAGUGGGAUGGAACGGCCGUAAGUCGCUCUUCAAGAGACUUAAGAAGAAAUGACAGAAGAGAGGCGUAAUUGUUAUCGGUUCCAUCUUCAUCGGGAUUUUGAUGGCGGUACUGCUAAUAACGAACCCAAGAUGACCCAAGUCACAAGGCAAGCGAUGGUCAUCGAACGAACGACGAUCUCCCACUGCCCUCGCACAACAACCGGAUUGUAGACACGAGUCAGCGGUGAAGCGAACGCCGGGACGGCUUUCACCAUCUUGAAUUGUUUACGGACGUUAACAUCUCGUAGUUUGUUACCUGCCACCCGUCGUUGGAA